CCUACCUAAAAAACUAACCUCAGGUUUUCUGAAUCGUUCGAAAUGGAAGAAACGAAAACGGGCGUAUCUUGUGAUUUUAGUAAAGAAAACGAUGAGAAACCUCAGAAAAAGAAAAAUAAAAACAAGAAAAAACGUGGUGGAGACGGAGAUCAUGGUAUAUCUACGGCAAAUGAGAGUUCGUCAUCAAUGCCAGAUCCAACUGAAGGUCAUCAAAACAUUUCAUUAAAAGACUUAAAAAUGGCAAUGGAGGUACUAAAUUUACAGCAAAAGCCUGCAAAAACUACAGAGGAGGCAUUGCAUAAAGCAUACCAAUUCUGGUCAACCCAACCGGUGCCAAAAAUGGAUGAAAAAAUUAUUGCCAACGAGCCUAUAGAACUACCAAAAUCACCGGAAGAAAUAAGGGCAGAACCCUAUACUUUACCUGACGGAUUCCAAUGGGAUACUUUGAAUUUGAACGAACCUUUAGUAUUGAAAGAACUGUACACUUUACUUAAUGAAAAUUAUGUGGAAGAUGAUGAUUGUAUGUUUCGUUUUGAUUACCAAACUGAUUUUUUGAAAUGGGCUCUACAACCACCUGGUUGGAAAAUGGAAUGGCAUUGUGGUGUUCGUGUGGUGAAAUCUGGACGGCUUGUUGGUUUCAUUUCAGCAACUCCUGCUGAUUUAAGAAUAUAUAACCAUGUUCAAACUGUUGUUGAAAUAAAUUUUCUUUGUGUGCACAAAAAAUUGCGUUCUAAGCGAGUAGCUCCUGUCUUAAUAAGGGAAAUAACAAGAAGAGUUAACUUAACUGGUAUAUUCCAGGGUGUGUAUACAGCUGGAAUUGUGUUGCCUAAGCCUAUUGCCACAUGUCGCUAUUGGCAUAGGUCUCUUAAUCCAAAGAAAUUAAUUGACAUAAAAUUCAGUCAUUUGUCACGUAAUAUGACAAUGCAAAGAACGCUUAAACUCUUUAAGUUACCAGACAUGCCAAAAACACCAGGUUUCCGCAAAAUGGAGAUUCAAGACUGUGAAGCAGUAGUAAAAUUACUCAAUGAUUACUUAAAAAAAUUUGAUUUGGCACCUAUAUUUUCUGAUGAAGAUUUUAAACAUUGGUUUACACCACAAGUGGGAAUAAUUGAUAGUUUUGUUGUGGAAGGUCCUAAUUCUACAAUAACUGAUUUCGUCAGUUAUUAUACAUUGCCUUCAACUGUUGUUUACCAUCCAGUGCACAAAACACUAAAAGCAGCUUAUUCAUUCUAUAAUGUGUCAACCAAGACACCUUGGGUGGAUUUGAUGCUGGAUGCAUUAAUAACAGCAAAAAAUUCAGGAUUUGAUGUGUUUAAUGCACUAGAUUUGAUGGAUAACAAAGAAUUUCUUGAACCUCUAAAAUUUGGGAUUGGUGAUGGAAAUUUGCAAUAUUAUUUGUAUAAUUGGAGAUGUCCUAGUAUGGCCCCGAAUAAAAUUGGUCUGGUACUUCAAUAACAGUAGUAAUUUACUACUUGCUAUAUUUGUAACCAAUGGUGUCUUUUGUUUUGUGGAAUUUUGUGUAAAAUAUUGUCAUUUAUCAACAAAUAAAUAAAUUUAGAUCUAUAAAGUGCCUUCUUUUUAGGUAUCUUGGUG